AUGACACCCACGCUGCCUGUCCAGACAUUGCCCUUGAUUCUGCUGGCUGUCCUAGCUCCCGGGGCUGCAGACUUCAACAUCUCAAGCCUCUCUGGUCUGUUGUCUCCAGCGCUAACAGAAAGCCUACUAGUUGCCUUGCCCCCAUGUCACCUCACUGGAGGCAAUGCUACACUGAUGGUCCGGAGAGCCAACGACAGCAAAGUGGUUAAAUCAGUCUUUAUGGUGCCUCCAUGCCGCGGGCGCAGGGAGCUAGUGAGUGUGGUGGACAGUGGGGCUGGCUUCACCGUCACGCGGCUCAGCGCCUAUCAAGUGACAAACCUAACACCAGGAACUAAAUACUACAUUUCCUACCGAGUGCAGAAGGGGACAUCGACCGAGUCCAGUCCAGAGACCCCAAUGUCCACGCUUCCUCGAAGGAACAUGGAGUCUAUCGGUUUAGGAAUGGCCCGGACAGGAGGCAUGGUGGUCAUCACAGUGUUGCUGUCUGUCGCCAUGUUCCUGUUGGUCGUCGGCCUUAUUGUUGCCCUGGCACUGGGUGCCCGAAAAUGAGGAGGGCUCUCCUCCAUCACAGACUCCUCCAAGAAGUCCAGCCUGCUUGUCCCCAGGAUUCAGUCACUGGUUUUAUUCACUGCUUUCUCUUCCCGUUCCUUGCCUCCGUCCGUCCACUAAGUCAUUUCCUAACAGCGUCUCUCUCUCUCUCCCUGCUCUGUGUCUCACCUUCCAAUACCAGCUAUCUCCUAUU